CUACCUACAGGAAGAUUCACAUUGUUUAUAAUCUUUAAGUUGAUUUUCUCUUUGUUCCUUAUGAGCUGUAGUUGGCAGUAGAAUGAUCUUGUCGGUGUCCAGCCUCUAAUACGCUGUUUUUAACACAACUCAUUUGGCCCUACAAUGUUUCUCUGGGAUUGGAUCACCGGUGUGCUGGGAUACCUUGGUCUGUGGAAGAAGAGUGGGAAGCUACUGUUCCUUGGUUUAGACAAUGCUGGAAAAACCACGUUACUCCACAUGUUGAAAGAUGAUCGCAUGGCCCAGCAUGUACCCACACUCCAUCCAACAUCUGAAGAACUAAGCAUAGGACAAAUAAAGUUCACCACAUUUGACCUGGGUGGUCAUCACCAAGCACGGAGAGUGUGGAAGGACUAUUUCCCUGCAGUAGAUGCCAUCGUCUUCCUUAUAGAUGCAGCAGACCGAGGCAGAUUUGCUGAAUCAAAGGCUGAACUGGAUUCACUGUUGACGGACGACCAACUCUCUAAUGUUCCCAUUGUUAUUCUGGGCAACAAGAUAGAUAUACCUGGUGCUGCAUCAGAGGAUGAACUCAGGCACUACUUUGGUCUCUUUGGCCAGACGACAGGAAAGAACAAAAUUCCCCGAAAUGAACUUCCUGGGCGUCCACUUGAGCUUUUUAUGUGUUCAGUUCUGAAAAGGCAAGGAUAUGGUGAAGGUUUUCGCUGGAUUGCCAAUUACAUCGAUUAGGUGCAAGUGACCUGGACUAGGGUAUGAUGAUAGUGAAGUUGAACACUGGUGCGUCUGUUACGCCAAUUUCUAAUCAUUGAUCCUUCAUCGUCGAGAGUGGAAAAUUUGGCUAAAGCUUAAUUCUGCACUUCGUGACUUAGGAGACAUGAAAUCUUCAACGUCUCAUACUCUUAUCUUGGGUGUUACAGACUACUAAGUGCUGCCUGAACUGCAAUAUUUGGCAGGUUCUUUAAUGAACUCACAGACACCAAGUUAUAUUUAUACUCCUUCAUUAUGUGAUGGUAAUUUAAAUAUAAUAGUGGAUUGUAGCUGGUUAGUGGAGACGAUUUUUGUAUGUGUAGCUUACCAGCCCAAACUCCCUAACUGCCAGCCUCACCUUUACAUGAUCCAUUCCCAUGUUUUGUAGGUUUGAUUAUUCUUUUAGCUUUGAAAAAUGCUAUUAACAUUUGUGACUUCCAUGAACAUUAACUACAAAUAAUAAUCUGUGUAAUAUUACUUUUGAACAUCAAGUUGAGCUUUUCAUAUGUGAAUUCCCACAACCCUGAAAACAAAAACACAAAUUUAAGAGUUGUAAGAUAUUAACUACGCAGUGUAGCAGAUUGUUAUCGAUUAUUUAAAUUACUGUUGUGUGGCAGUUAAAUUUUUAAAAUAAUUUCUUAUGAAUUUAAGUGAUGCCGUUUUCAUUUUGGGAUGGUGGCCCCGUGCAUCAUCCCUUUCAUUGUGAUGCAAGUAGUUGUAAUAUUUUAGUGCUAUGCUAAGUACAGUAUAACUAAUGGGGGGGUUGUCCUCGAGUACACAGAGGACAGCCACUCUGAAGAACCAUCAGCUGAAUGGAACAUCAGUAAUAAUAAGCAUUCAAUUAUUUAUCGCUUCGGUUAUAGUGUUAAGUUGAACUUCACGUGCCGCUUGUUUUUACGUAUGAAGCUUGACAACAUUGCGCUCCCCUCAUUUAGUGAUGUAAAAAUGUCAUUUUCACUAUUUUCAGGUUUCUGUUACAAGCAAUCUUUGUAUAAUAAAACAAGGUAAAUUA